AUGAUCUCGGUAUCGGAUGCUUUGGCUAGGAGUUUUUGGAGGUUAGAAGACAUUGGUUUUUCCUUCUCAAGCUCUAAUGAUUUGUCGGGUGGUUUACUUAUUCUUUGGAAAGAUAGUAGUGUGAAGGUUCUUUGUAGCUUUCAUGGUGUGGGUUUUUUGGGAAUUAAAUUAAUGUGGCAUGAAUCGGUUUAUUAUUUGUUUAAUGUUUAUUCUCCUUGUUCUUUGAGUGCUAAGAGAGUCCUUUGGCGGGAGCUUUUGAGGCUAAAGAAUAAAUAUGUGGACGGAGAAUGGUUGAUAGAAGGGGAUUUCAAUGCGGUAAAAAAUAGAGAGGAAAGAUUUGGGAGGUCCAUGGUGGGUAGCAAUUCCGAAUGGAGGGAGUUCUCUUCUUUUAUAGUUGAUAGCGGCCUCGUGGAUGUGCCUUCUAAAGGAAAGAAGUUCUCUUGGUUUAGUGGAGAUGGCAAAUCUAAGAGUAGAAUUAAUAGAUUUUUGGUGGCGGAUAAUAUUAUUAGAGAUUGGGGUGUGGUGGGUCAAUUUAUUGGUAUGAGAGACAUAUCGGAUCAUUGCCCUCUUUGGUUGGUGAUAGAUCGUGCUAAUUGGGGUCCGAAAACUUUUUGUUGCAAUAAGGAGUGGUUCUCGAAUAAGGAGUUUCUUCCUUUUGUGGAGAAGGAGUGGAAAGAAAUUAAAGUGGAGGGGUGGGGGGAUUUCAUUCUUAAGGAGAAACUUCGGAUUCUUAAAGGAAGACUUCAUUGGUGGAAUUAA